UCCUCGUCUUGUUGCUGCAAAAACUCAAUGUGUUGUCUUUUUAAGGACUGUUGUUCGAUUAUAUCGACAUUUAUUGUCUAAUAUUGUGAUCUCAACAUUUUAGUGGGCUUUUUUUGUGAGUUUCCCGCCAUUUUUUUCUGUCCUUCUCAUGGCUUUCCUUUGUGGGCGGCGGUGCUAAUUGCAGACGAAUAAAUAUUCAGUGGUUGUUUUGAAAGCUGUGCGGUCAGAGCCCCAGUUUUCUUUCUCUUUUCAUUCACCGUGGAUAACAUUAACUCCAGUCUCAGUCAUCUCACACCCUCCCAAUUCCUCCUCCAAGCAAGCGGUAUUCCACAGCUUUUUUUUUUUUUUUAAAGGGAGAGAAUAUCCUCCGUCAGGACAGGAAUAGAGCGCGAUAUAAAUAAAACCGGAGGGAGGUAAUAGAUAGAAGAGAGACACAGCCAAAACAGUGUUGGUAGGUGGGACGGAGUAUGAGGGGGUAAGGAAGGAAGGGAGGUGUGGAGUGUGUGUGUGCAGGGGGGAGGGGUGCGGGGUGCUUCAUGCGCGCAAGAGCUGUGCAACUUCUUGGCAGCAUAUCAGAAAUGAGUCUCAGAAGUCAAGCAGACAUAUUGAAACAAGGAUGGUCGCUGUGUUGUACAAAAGCUGGCUCUUUACAGAAUGGUUGGAAGUCACCUCUCCACAGAACUGCCCCCACAAAGUGGCCAGAGAUCCCAGUAUGAUAAUCCCCUCUGGGGACACCUGCCAGCCAACAGCAGUACCACAAAUGCUGCAUCUUCCACGAUUCUAAGUGGCUGGGAUCAACAGAUCAUUGAGCAGAAGGACACUGAAUCUUGGCCUUCUGUUGCCCUCAGCCAGAUCAAGGUCGCUUCGGGAGGAUGCCCUUUGGAAACUGACCCUGGUCACUUGACCAGCAGUAGCAACAGCACUAGCAGUAGUUGUAGUACAGUGAGUAUGGCCACAGGAGCCAAUAGUCAGACCGGUCACUUCUCCACCAAUCACCUUAGCAGCAAAGCCACCAGUGGGUCCACCCCUGCCAAUCAUGCUGGAACUAGUGUCCUAUCUAACCAGUCUGCUACCAAUCGUAAUUGGGGCUCUGGGCCUGGACCCUCCCAUUGCCCCAUUGGAAAUGAAGUGAAAGGUGACAGCCCUGUGGGAGGAGGCAGUAGGGGCUGGGGUUCCUCCUCCUCAUCCUCCUGCACCAAUUUUAACUUGAACCUAAACCCUAAUGCCAACCCAUCUGCCUGGCCCUUGUUGGGGCAUGAUGGUGGUGGCACUGGAGGAAGCAGCUUAGGGGGAACCAACACUAUAUCACCUCCUCAACCUACAUCCAACCUCUGUAAUCAACCUGGCACCCAGUCGGUUCAAACCAACACUUGUUCUGCUCCCAACACUACCAGCAAGUCUUGUGGGACUGGCAGUGUGUGGGGUUCUGUUAUGACUUCUGAUGCAUCAGAGCCACAGUCCACCUCAUCAGCAAAUGUGUCUUUCAGUUCGGAACCUCAAAACCUUAAAACUGAUGGACCAAAUCACAACAAUAAGCAAGAACCUCCUAGCCCAGUACAAAACGUGCCAGGCUGGGGUAGCACACCCAUAGGCAUGGGCUCUAUGGGACAGCUACAAUCUGGAGGUUCGCAAGUAAAUGGAGAAGAUGGAAACACUGUAUGGGGUAACAGUGGUAACUCAAAGCAAACAUCAUCAAAGGAGGGAUCUGGCUGGGAUUCUUCAUGGGGUCGUGGUGGAAGUGGAACGGCAACUUCUGGAGGCUGGACUGAAAAAUCUGAUGGAGACUGGGGAAAGCAGCACUCUGAAGAGACCCAAAGUGGAUGGGAUGCACCAAGCUCUCCUCCUCAGGAUUCUCAGGCUAGUCCUUGGAGCAGAGCAAUGAGCACAGCUGGGGCCAGUGAAGGUAGCAGUGACAGUAUGGAGGGACUUCCUCGGCAAAGAGGCCGCACACCCAGAGAUAAUCCAGCUCCUUUGUUGCCUGCCCAGGACUUGGACCCCAGGGUGCUGUGUAACACUGGUUGGGGACAGACCCCCGUUCGCCAGCACACCACCUGGGAUAUGGAUGAUACCAAACAGAAAAAUGAUGCUGGCAAUGAACCGUGGGGCUGUGGCCCAACCACUCCAAGCAAUGCACAGGGACCUUCUAAAGCUAACACAGCCCCUAUUCAGAGGGCUGACCAUGGAAGCAAAAGUGAUGUGCCUGGUUCUCAGGGAGCUUCUGGCUGGGGUGGAAGCAUUGCUGCGCCCGCCCAACCCAGCUCUGGUUGGGGAGAGCCACCCAACAACAUAAAGCACCCCGUUGGCCCUGGUGGCUGGGGUAACCCUUCAACAGGAGGACCUAGCACCAGCAUACCCAGGAACAAUAGUCAGUCUUGGGGAGAGGAGAAGUCAACAGGGUGGGACGAAUCUCGCAACAAAUCAGCUUCCCAGGGCUGGGGAGAGCAACCCAAAGCUUCCCACACCUGGGGUAACAGUGGAGGGAGCAAUAACACAGGGGAUUGGGGAGAACAAGAGGAGAGCAAAAAAAGUCCCACAAACCCAGACUGGGAAAACCAGCGAAGCUGGGGAAUGUCUACUUCAGGAUCUGGGGUUUCUGGAGGAGGAAACAUGGGGGGAGCUGGAGGAAGUGGUGGCUGGGGUGACACACCAUCUCAGCGUCCUAUUACUGCCCCUCAAGGUUGGGGUAACAAGCCUCAGGAAGGGCCCUCUGGCAAUACUGGAGGAGGAACCAUGGGUUCGUGGGGUGGUUCUUGCACAGUGAAGCAGGGUACAGGCUGGGGUGGUAAAAAGCAUGAAGUCUCAGCUGAACCUACUGGCUGGGAAGAGCCCUCUCCACCUUCAAUUCGGCGCAAGAUGGAGAUAGACGAUGGAACGAAAGCUUGGGGGGAUCCUGGUGCCUACAAUAAGACUGUCAACCUGUGGGAUAGGAACAAUCCAGGAAUGUCCCAAGCUAAAGCUACUGCAGGAGGCAGCAAUUCCCCGAGUUCCAUUAACAACCCGCCCCAUACUCACAAUCAUCCUUAUCACGUUCUGCCUGCACCGUUACAGAACCAUAGCCAAAACCCUCAAAACUCUGGUCCCACCAGUGGGCCUGUAGAUUCCCCAGUGCAAAACCAAUCUGGACCGUCUCACAGCCGGGGGCCCCUGAUUGCUCAAGGUUGGGGAGAGCUUUCGGGUCCUCACGCAAAGUCAGAGAACUCUUGGGGGGAGCACGCACCCUCCCCUGUCAGUGUGGAUAAUGGCACGUCUGCUUGGGUCAAACCUACUGGGAGCUCUGGAGGCUGGGGAGAGGGCAACUCAGACAACUACACCAGGAGCAACCCAGCCAUGACAUCUGCAUCUUGCAAACCUGCCCCUAAACCUAUGCAAGAUGGAUGGGGAGGAGGAGGUGAAGAGCUUAGUUUGUCAGGUGGUCAGUGGGAUGCAGAGGAGGGCGACAUGUGGGACAGCACCGCCUCCCAAGAGAGCAAUUCUUCUUGUAACUCUUGGGGCAACAUGCCCAAAAAAGGUCCACCAAAGCCGAAAGUCCCAGGAAAACAGGAAGAGGUGUGGAUUAUGAAUCGACUCAUCAAACAGCUGACAGAUAUGGGCUUUCAUAGGGAUCCGGCAGAGGAGGCUUUGAAGAGCAACAACAUGAACUUGGAUCAGGCCAUGAGUGCCCUGCUGGAGAAGAAGACCGAGCUGGACAAGCGUGGCAUGGGCAUAGGUGGGCCAGACUACAAUAACGGCCUCAUGAGCAAGCCCAUGAGCUGCCCUCGGCCUCCACUGCUUUCCAAAGACCCCUCUGCAGAUCCCCGUGUUCCUUUCAUGGAUAAGAUGCAAAGUGGAGUAUUUGGCAGUGGUGGAGCAGCACAAGCCCGGGCCAUGCCGCAGCCGCACCCACCUCCUCAGCCACCAGUGCCACCUCUCAGCUCCUCUCAGCCUAGUCUCCGUGCUCAAGUGCCUCAGUUUCUCUCCCCUCAGGUUCAAGCACAGCUCUUACAGUUUGCAGCAAAAAACAUAGGUCUGAAUCCUGCACUUUUAACUUCACCAAUAAACCCUCACCACAUGACCCUUCUCAAUCAACUUUACCAGCUGCAACUGGCCUACCAGCGUUUACAAAUUCAACAGCAGAUGUUGCAGGCACAGCGCAAUGUUUCUGGCCCCAUUCGACAACAAGAGCAGCAAGUUGCACGAACAAUCAGUAACAUGCAGCAACAGAUCCAACAGCACCAGCGUCAGCUGGCACAAGCGCUGUUGAUGAAACAACAGCAACAGCAGCCACCUCCUUCGCAUCCGGGCCUGCACCCCGGAGGAGCCAAAUCCGCCCUGGAUCCGUUUCCAGGUCAUCCCCAGACUCCAGGCCUCCCUGACCUGCAGACCAAAGAGCCACAGUCCUCUCCUAACACCUACAGCCCCUACGCUCUCUCUGGAUUGAAUCCAAACAUGAAUGUAAAUGUGGACAUGGGAAGUCUGUCUUUAAAGGAACCUCCACAGCCACAGUCACGCCUGUCUCAAUGGACACAUCCCAACUCCAUGGAGAGUCUUUCUGGAAACUCCUCUCCUCUUGAGCCUAAUCUGGGAAAACAUGGUGCCGGUCUGGGCCCCCCUGGGAAGCCCCCUCAGCUGGAUGACUCAUUCAGCCCCUACAACCUGAUCCCCAGCUCCGAGUCUCCUACCAGCCCUCUCGUCCCCCCAGACAGCUGGGGACAGGGCAAGAGCACCAAUGACAAGAUGGCCAACGGGACAAAUAUCAACUGGCCUCCUGAGUUUUGCCCCGGCGUACCCUGGAAAGGCCUCCAGAAUAUCGACCCAGAGACCGACCCGAAUGUGACUCCAGGCAGCGUUCCGAGCGGACCCACCAUAAACACGAACAUCCAAGAUGUCAACCGCUAUCUGCUCCGCGACAGAAGUGGAGGUAAACUCUCAGAGAUGAAAUCUACCUGGUCUCCCGGCCCCAUUUCCCACAGCCAGUCGUCUCUGUCCCACGAGCUGUGGAAGGUCCCCCAAGGCCCCCGGAGCAGCAGCACAGCCCCUUCCCGACCCCCACCUGGCCUCACGAACACAAAGCCUUCUUCUACCUGGGGCGGGAACUCUCUGGGUCUGGCUCAAGGCUGGAGCAACUCCUACACUGCAGCAGGUACCACGUGGAGCACGGACAGCUCCACCAGGACCAGCAGCUGGCUGGUUCUGAGGAACCUCACUCCACAGAUCGAUGGUUCGACCCUGCGUACACUGUGCAUGCAGCACGGGCCCCUCAUCACAUUCCACCUCAACCUCACACAGGGAAACGCUGUGGUCCGCUACAGCUCCAAGGAUGAAGCAGCAAAGGCUCAGAAGUCCUUGCACAUGUGUGUGCUCGGGAACACCACCAUUCUCGCAGAGUUCGCUGGGGAGGAGGAGGUGAACCGCUUCUUUGCACAAGGCCAGUCACUUGGUGGAACAACCAGCUGGCAGGCAUCUCCGGGAACCAAUCAGAGCAGGAUGGGAGGGGCCGGAGCCCCCCAUCCCAUUGGUCAGUCCCCCCACUGGAACAGCAACAGCAACGGCUCCGGCAGCAGCAGCGGCAGUAGCAGCAGCCUCUCAGCAGGUGCCACGAAACCAGGCGGAGAGUUGCUUUGGGGCGGCGUUCAGCAGUAUUCCAGCCUGUGGGGACCCCCCAGCGGAGAGGAAGGUCGAGUCAUGGGGAGCCCCACUCCAAUCAACACACUGCUUCCUGGUGACCUACUGAGCGGAGAAUCCAUGUAGGAGGAGAAACACAAACAACCUUGUAAAUCAAUUUGGAGAUAAUCAGCGACAGGAACAGGAAGAGGAUGAGGCCGCGUCUUCGCCGCCUGACCUCCACAUCCUCCUCCGCUCCUUUUGUGUUUGACAACAUUUCAGUUGCAGUCGGAGGAUUUGGGUUACAGUGUUCAGCUUUCGCUUCUGAAGAAACAACAGAAGUCUCAUUCAUCAAAGAGAAGUUUUUUUGUUUUUUUUUAAAGGAAUGAAAAACUUGUGAAAAGUACUUUAGUCAAACUGACUCAGUGACAAGCUGCCAUCUUUAAACUGACAUUGUCCCUCACUGCCCUUUGAGGCAAUCAUACUGCACCUCAGAGUUCCAUAAAAAAAGAGCAUCAUUCCCAAAGUAAAACUUUCAGAGUGCUUGUUGAACUCUCAGCUGGUUCAGGCUCGACAUUUGUUUCUCUCAGCACUAAUAUUAGCCUUAAACUGUUUCCUGUCCAGCGAUCCUCACCCACUCUGUACUCGGUGAAGACACGUGCACACCUUUAUUUCUGAGCCAGAGACACCUGAGUGGAAAGUGCACGUUUCUGCAUCAUAAUCAUCAGAUUGCCCCCCCCCCCCAACACUCACACACACACACACACAGUGCUCAAAGGGAAUGAUGCAACCCUGUGCGCCUUGUUCAAGCCAUUUAUUUUUGUAGUUUUUCUUUUAAAAUAUUUUUUUUCUUCUUGAACCAUUGCAAGCAAAGCUAAAGAACAAUAUCCAAGCGUGUCUGUCGAUGUUAUCUAAUGGGGGGGUUUGGAUCGGGGGGUAUAGCGGUUACAGACGGUCAACAAAACAACCACUGCUCUUACUACGGAACUGUAAAGACAAACACUUUAGUGCACUCUGCUCGUCUGCAGCCAACCUACAGUUUGGUUUCAACCUCAGACAUCCUCAAUGACCCCCCACCCCCAUUCCACUCCACAUGCAAACCCACCAUUUCACGUGACGUGCAAUAUAAGCCACAGACUGUACCGUCCACGCACCUGAAGACCACGCAGCAGAUCACGAGGAACUGCAAAAAACCCUUCAUCUGACCCCCAACCUUAAAAAGAGAAACUGCCACCACUACCCUCCAUCUCCCUUCAGGGAGGGGGGGCACGCUGGUCCUCACCCUCUUUCCGGUAAACAUACGAAGCACUUCUUCAGCCAGCCUGAGACUGACUCUGGGGGGAGCGAGGGCCAAGUUUGUGUGUGUGUGAGAAAACUGUUUGGCGACAAACCAAAACGAGAAGAGCCUGUGUUUUCUUCACCCGGAAGACCAGAUCACUUUUUUUUUUUUUUUUUGUAAAAAAAUUUGAAGCAAAGAUUUGUGAACAGGUGGUUUCUGAUAGCACUUAUGAAGAGCGCCGCAGCUCGCCGUACCCUCAAUGCCAACCAAGAGAAGAAAAGAAAAGAAGCAAAAAUUGCAAGAAAAGCAAUCUUCUUAGUGGCUUCUCUAUAUGCUUAUUUUUAAAACUUAAGGAUGUGAAUUGUUGUGUUUUUUUUUGUCCUUCCCUCAAGUCAGUGGGACCAUAGGAUGUCAAAUACGGUAGCAAAGUGAAGGGAAAUACAAGACUCAGCUGAUGGUGGGCGUGGCCGGGAAUCCCCCAAAGCGCUCGUCAUCACUGUCUUGUAUCAAAGUAAAUAUCACUGUUACAUCGCAGCAUUGGAGUUUUUGGCCUUCGUACUCUACUAGGUCCGGCGGGGAGGGCCAUCGCCGCCGCCGCCGUCUGUCCUACUUCGCGUGGCCACCGAGUGCCUGCCUGCUGCAGCGUGCAUCGCUAGCAGCAGCCCUCGCCCCUCCCCCAGCCCCCGCCGCGCCGCUGUUUUCCUCGCCUCCCUGCGGACCCGUCCGGACUGGCGUCCCUCUUCUUCCAGCUGCCCCCCCCACCCCCUCCGAGGCCAAGAGCAGCUCUGCCCCGCACCACUCGUGUUGAAUCUACUGCUAUGCCAGAGUCUGUCCUCAGCAAAACCUCCACUUCCACUCCUGCAAAGAUCUCUUCAGGCACUGACGGAGCUUUCCUUUUCUCAUUCGGACUUAUGGAAUUACCAGAGUGCAUUUCUAAGGACUUUGCUGAUGUUGUUGCUGUUUUAAUAUCGUUGAUUGUUUCUGAUGAUUUGGAAAAAAAAAAAAAAAAAACUGGUCUUCAUGCAAUGUUCAGCUACUCUUCUGCCCCUCCCACCGCCUCCGAGGCAGAGUGUUGAUGAGCGGUUCAAGGCACUGCGGGACGUGGAGAAAAGUGUCUGUUAACACUGUAGACCACCUCACCUGACGACAGCCUUCCAUUUCUAUGCAAAUAUAAGGAGGAAUCUGUUUGCAGCCACCCCCCCUCUACAUCUGCCAACCUUCAUUUAUCUCACAACCUUUACUUCCAGGCAGCUUCUCCUGAGACCUCCCCUGGAUGAGAUGUAGGGGGACUGAGAGCUUCUCGGGCUUGGAUGAGGCUGAACUUUUUUUUUUUUUUUUCGUCACCUCUUCAGCCGUGUGCCAACUAACAACCACGUUCUCGUUGUGAGUCAACGCAAACAGGGUUCGCUUUCGGAGAUUUGUGCAGGAGGCUUGAGGAGCAGAAGGGCAGGACAGAUGCAUGGUGUUGACUUUUUAUUGUUGUUUUUUGACUAGAGAACUGGAAAUAUGAACAGGUCGUCGGGCUGCAGUAAGGGGAGGUGGGGUCCCUGUUUGUGCCAGUGCACUGCUUAUGGGUCACAUCAGGUACAUCUCUUAAAAAAGAAAAAUUUUGGCUGUCGAGGUUCUUUUCUUUUUUUUGCAAAAACCAGGAUGUCAGUUUGAACCGCACACUCCCAAGGCAGAGAUGCCCGUGCACCCAGUGGGCCAGCAGAAGCAGGGGUGCACCUCAAAUAGUGGGGGGGGUACCAAGUCUUUAAGCUUGGGGCAGUUUCCCUCUUCCAGAGUCGCCUUAGACUCGCACCAUUCAACAAAACAAUCACUUUUGCCUGUGCUGUCUGUGAGAUUGAAAAAUGCAUUAACUCCACACUGGACUUAAAUCAAAGGAGCUGGUGUUGAAGUGGGGGGGUCGGGAGCGGGACGGGGCGCGUCUCAGAUGUGGAUUUCUUAGCAGCACCAGCACUGAGAACCCCGUCCUCUCCCACACCCCCCAUUUACACUCUUUAUCUACCUGUUUAAGUGUUGGAAAAUCAAAUGCGCUCGCAUUUUUUGUUUGAUUGCUUUUUUGUAACUAUUAUUAUUUUAAGGUGGACUUGAAGGCAUCUGUGGCUGAAAUCAAACCUGUUUCUUAAUCAUGGGUCAGAUGGGGAUGGGUGUGGGGGGGGUCUGUAAUUCAAAAGCCUGGGUUUAAUAUGCACAUGCUAGCUCAUACUCUGUAUACAACCUGCAGUACAGACAGGCGAUAUACGUGUGUAUCUGUGACAAUAUUCCUCUGGUUUUUCACGAUUCCCUCCAGCCUGCCCUGGUUCCUUAACCCCGCAGCGUCCCGCUUGGUUUCCGAGUCCACAAGUUCUGUUUGCACCUCAGCACCCUUAGGGGUUCGGCUGCACCAAAGCUUCCCAAUGCUGGUCCGCUCUCCAAAAUUGGACAUUUUUCCCAGAUUCUUUGGGCUUUGGAAACCAUCUUUUCCCCCCUCAGUCUCCCAAUGAUUUCCAAAAGACGAGAUCAUAAACAUAUCAGAGUAAUACAAAAUAACCACGAAAAUACUUGAAUUUAAAAAAAAAAGCGCCAAUAAUGUAAUGUGAACACUUUUUGUAGAUUUUUGUUUUGUUUAAACUUCAGAGAUUUUUUGAUAAGCAUCAGCUCAGAGUGAAUCGAAUCUAAAAAAAAAAAAAAACAUUUGACGCAAAACUGACAUCUGUCGUAUCCGAGUGUUUGCACAAGGCUGCUUGUACUGUAUGAAUGAAUGUUUUCCGUGUGAAGUGAAUUACAGCGGGACAAGUCCCGCCUCCGGUCUCUUUUCAGUUCAGUAUACUUUUAUUGUUGUUUUUAAUUUUUUUUUUUGUUUUGGCUCGUCAGAUUUCUAUUCAAAUGUUGUAACUAGCCUCUAGUGUUGCACUGAGUGUCGCCCUCCCCCCUCAUCCAGCUAUACGAACAACCUAAUACAAGUACUGAGGGGAGACGGGACAGUUCAUGUGUAAAUGUUUACUCAAGGACUAAAAUAAUUGUGUUUUUAAAAUGUAAAAGGUUUAUCUACCUUAGUGGCUUUCAUUGUGGAAUAAUCCAAGGAAGUAUGGAUCAUAACUGAGUAUUGCACCAUUUUUUUCAAGCUAUAAACCUUAAAAAAAAGAAAAAAAAAAGUCAAAAUUCAUAAAAAUGAAUCAAAGUAUUUUGCAGACCUGUGGCCAUAGAUUGGGGUAGAAGGACUUCAGCUCUCCCAAAUCUGAGCAAGAGGAGAGUGAAAGAGGAGACGGGCCUUGGCUCCAAGGCUCACUUUAGAGGUGCCUACUUUUAUUUUAUUCUUUUUUUAAAGCUUUUAUUCUGCAUUCAUUUCACUCAUUUUUUUCUGCAAGACCACUGACAGUUUACAAUUUUUCUGGAGUUCAGAAAAAUAAAAAAGGAGAUAUUGAAUCAUGGGAAUCUGGAUAGAAAAUACUAAUAAUUUUUUUU